AUGGAAGAUUGGGAUAUCAGCAAACCGCCUGCUCCUCUCCCAAGCAUUAACCUCACUCGACUCGGCCCAGGGUUCUCGUUCUUGCUGCUUCUGUCGCGGAGAGGUCAAGGCCCAGGGUUAAUCCUUCUGGUGCCCAACACUGAUCACUCGCUGGACAUCAUUGAUGGAGUCCCAUCACCCCUGAUCAAAUGGGCGGAGGAAGGAUAUUCGGUUGUUGAACUCCAAGAACAAGCUUUGGCUGGUGUUAGUGGUCAUGAUGCAUUUACCAUCGCCUUGGACGCUUUGGCAGCUAGCAAGGACUGUGACAAUGGAAAGAUAGGCUUAAUCGGUAUGUCCAUCUCCCCUUCCGCUGGGGCUAGACUCCCAAGGGCCUGUACUCUGGCCGCUCAUCCGAUCCUCUGCCACCUUGCGGGCACAAGACCCAAGCCUCAGAGCCGCCAGACCAGCCAGCCCUCCUCGAAGUAUUACUACCCCACCGCCAAAUCCUUUUUAUUUGCCGCGCCCUUCACCGACGACUUUCUGUAUGGCCCGGAGUCCAUUUCUCAAACUCACAGUCUGUCUUUUUUAAAGCCUUUGAUGGCAGGCCCGUACUUUGAUUUGGAGAUCAUCUGGGACGAGCACACCUUCUAUGAAUUCACCGACCGAAGUGUGGAGCACACUAUGAGUACCAUGGUUGCUCAGCCAUACGUGAAGCACGUUCCGACGCUUACCGGCGGAAUUGGUCGCGAAUCUCUUACUCACUGCUACCGGCACAACUUCAUCUUCAACAAUUCUGCCGAUACUGAGAUAGAGCUGAUUAGCCGAAGCCUCGGCAUUGACCGCGUCAUCGACGUGUUCAUCUUUAAAUUCGCCCAUGAAUGGGAGCUGGAUUGGCUUAUCCGUGGGGACCGACUGCACCACGAACACAUUUCAUGGGAUCAAGGUACCGUGCUCGCACACCUCGGGCUUAUACCGGCUUAUUUGCCUUUCCCCUGUCCGUUGCCAGAUGAUCGGAGGGUUGAGUACCGCGUGCCAGUGUGUGGGAUAGGCACGGCGGAGAAAUUGCGAGAUCACACGGUGGUCCCUUCGAACCAGCUCUUCGAGUAUAAGGUGCGGGAAUACUUGGAAGAGCCGCAAGAUAGCGAAAUGCGCAAUGCGCGUUCGUAG